UACAAGGAAGAAGAAGAUGCAGACGCGCUAUCCGUGCGGCGUCUAGUUAUCACGGUAGCGGUUUUGGUUAAUAAUAACCUUGCUCUUACUUAAUGCUGGCUUAGUCUUACUAAUUGACAACUUGUGCGCUAAGUUUUCGUGGCGUAUUAAACAUUCGUGUAACUUUGCAGCGUUUAUUAGGCCGCUAACUGCGUCCUUGCGUGUUAGCAAAGGCUACCUAGCAUUAGCUGUUACCGAGAGACAACGUCCUGCAGUGUUCCGACCAUGGCGCUGAAGUCAGGAGAAGACAGGCUGAAGGAGAUGGAGGCUGAGAUGGCUCUGUUUGAGCAGGAGGUUCUGGGCGGCCCGGUUCCUGUGUCAGGGAGCCCGGCUGUUGUAGAGGCGGUACCUGUGGCCGUGGCUGUUCAGGCGCUCCCGGUGGUUCGACCCAUUAUAGGAACCAACACCUACAGACAGGUGCAGCAAACUUUGGAAGCCAGAGCUGCCAGUUUUGUUGGACCUCCUCCGCCUUUUGUUGGCCCAAUUCGUCCUCCUCCUCCUCCAAUGAUGAGACCAGCCUUCGUCCCUCACAUCCUGCAGAGACCUGGAGCUCAGAGGCUGCAAAUGCUUCGGGGUCCUCCAAACCCGGGCCUGAUGGUUCCUCCUAUUCCCAGACCUCCUCCACCUCCUCCGAUGAUAAUCUCGCCUUCACUGCCCGCACCUCAGGUUGCUUGUCCACCCAUGCAGCACAUGGGCCCUGCACCCCAGGUUGGCGAUAUAGUCCCUAUGGUCACGGCCCCACCAGCAAGACAGGGAGCCCCGCCUCCCAUCAAGCCCACAUCUUCCAUAAUCCAGGCAGCGCCGACUGUAUACUCUGCUCCUCCCGUGCCUGUGGUACAUAAGAGAAGUGACAUCAGAGCACAGAGACAAGCCAGGAUGGAGGAACUGGCCGCACGAGUCGCUGAGCAGCAAGCAGCAGUGAUGCCAGCGGGGCUGCUGAACAAGGAGACUGAAGAGAGCAGCGCUGUUAUUGGACCCAGCAUGCCGGAGCCUGAGGUACCCCACCCCGAGCCUGUAGAAACUACGACAGAGGAGAAGAAGAAAUCAAAGGUGGAAAAGGUGAAGAAGUGCAUCCGCACUGCAGCAGGCACAAGUUGGGAGGACGCCAGUCUGCUGGAAUGGGAUUCAGAUGAUUUUCGCAUAUUCUGCGGCGAUCUUGGUAACGAGGUCAACGAUGACAUACUGGCCAGAGCCUUUAGCCGGUACCCAUCUUUCCUCAAAGCGAAAGUGGUGAGGGACAAACGUACAGGAAAGACCAAAGGCUACGGCUUUGUCAGCUUUAAGGAUCCCAACGAUUAUGUCAGAGCAAUGAGGGAGAUGAACGGGAAGUACGUUGGCAGUCGACCCAUCAAACUGAGAAAAAGCAUGUGGAAGGACCGCAACAUUGAGGUGGUGCGCAAGAAGCAGAAAGAGAAGAAAAAACUGGGCCUGAGAUAACUGUCAUCUACACGUGUGCAAGCUGUUAUUCCUGGUGGAUGCACAACGUGUGUGUGUGUGUGUCUGUGU